AUGGCGGGCGCGGGGGCCCCGCACCGCCCCCCGGGGGCCCCGGGCGCCGCCGAGGCGGAGGACGCGUGCGGCUGGCGCUGCCCCGAGCACGGCGACCGCGUGGCCGAGCUCUUCUGCCGCCGCUGCGGGCGCUGCGUGUGCGCGCUCUGCCCGCUGCUGGGCGCGCACCGCGGCCACCCGGUGGGCCUGGCCCGCGAGGAGGCGGCGCGCGUGCAGAAACUCACGCAACAAUAUUUAAGGCAGCUGGCAACCAAGAAGCAGCAGCAAGUUGGCAACAGGAACCAGAUAGAAGAUGCUGCUGAGAAGCUCCAGGCUCAUGCAGAGUCAAGUAAAAUCUGGCUGGCAGGGAAAUUCACUGAACUCCGAUUGCUACUUGAUGAAGAGGAAGCCCUGGCCAAGAAAUUAAUCGAUAAGAAUACCCAGCUUACCCUCCAGGCCUACAGGGAGCAAAUCAAGUCCUGUGAGGACCAAAUUGACGUCUUGAACCGUCUCUCUGACAGAGUUUGCAGUAUCAGCCAGGAGUCCGACCCUGUCCAGCUGCUGCAGGAGUUCACGGCCACGGAGCGGGAGCUGAAGAAGCAGAUGAGCGUGGGGGAGCUGUGCCACCCCGUGCCCCAGUCCUUCGCGCCCAUCAAGACCUUCUUCAAGGGCCUCGUGGAAGCCAUGCAGAGCAUGAUACAGACGCCACUAGAGGUUCGGGUGAAGGACAACAUGAACUGCCAGCUCUCCAGCUUCUCUAGCACCAAGCCGGACUCCCUGUUGAAAAUCAGUCCCUCACCAGAGCGAUCGCUCUUCUUGAAAUACGCGCGCACGCCCACGCUGGACCCGGACACGAUGCACGGGCGCCUGCGCCUCUCCGACGACCGCCGGACGGUGCGCCUCGUCCUGCUCUGCCGCCUGGGGCCGUCGCCCGCGCUGCGCUUCGACACGCUGAGGCAGGUGCUGGGCAGCGACUGCUUCGCGGCCGGCCGCCACUACUGGGAGGUGGACGUGCAGGAGGCGGGCUGCGGCUGGUGGGUGGGCGCGGCCUACGCCUCCCUGCGGCGCCGGGGCGACUCGGCCGCAGCGCGCCUGGGCUGCAACCGCCAGUCCUGGUGCCUCAAGCGCUACGACCUGGAGUACUGGGCCUUCCACGACAGCCAGCGCUGCCGCCUGUGGCCCCGCGACGACCCCGACCGGCUGGGCGUCUUCUUGGACUACGAGGCCGGCGUCCUCGCCUUCUACAACGUGUCGGACGGCAUGAGCCACCUCCACACCUUCCGCGCUGCGUUCCAGGAGCCGCUCUUCCCAGCCCUGCGGCUCUGGGAAGGGGCCAUCAGCAUCCCCCGGCUGCCCUAG